GAGCGGGCACGGAGGGUCGGAGCACGUUGCUAGUGGGCGCGGCUGGCCUGGGCCGUGGAGGCCUAGUGUUUGCUCGAGUCUUGCGGUUCGGCACCCUGCCCUACGCUUGGCCGGGUCGCCCUGCUGAGGCAGGUCCUAACGGCCCGUGCGGCGGGAUUCCGUGGAGACGUCUCCACAUCCUGAGAGUGUCUGUAGAAGCUGAAACCCAUCACUGUCCUUCAAAAUGCAAUGGAAUGUACCACGGACUAUGUCUCGGCUGGCUCUCAGGACAUUCUUGGAAGCACAGAAAGCCAGGCUCUUUGAUCGCCAUUGGAGCAUAAAAGGACCAUUGCUUGUGCAUAGAGAUGAAUACAGAGUGGUUUGGACACCACACCUUCGAAAGCAGUGGCUACAUUUAUCUGCUGUUCAGUGCCUUGCGAAGCAAAGGAAUCUGUUAGAUGCUCAGCCACCUCAGCUGGGGGCUCUUCGCCAUGAACGAUGGGAGCAGGAUAUUUUAUUCAAGAGGGAUUUAUCUUCCAGUUCCACAUCCCAGGAAACAUCAUCAGAAAACAAGGAAGAACCAGAUCCUUUGCAAGACAAAUCUAUUAGUUUGUAUCAACGAUUUAAGAAAACAUUUAGACAAUAUGGAAAAGUUCUAAUUCCUGUGCAUCUAAUAACUUCUGGUAUUUGGUUUGGAACCUUUUACUAUGCAACUAUAAAAGGUGUGAAUGUCAUCCCCUUCCUAGAGAUCAUUGGGUUACCUGACAGUGUAGUAGACAUCCUGAAAAACUCCCAAAGUGGGAACGCACUCACAGCCUACGCCAUGUUUAAGAUUGCAACGCCUGCCCGCUACACUGUGACCUUGGGAGGAACAUCCUUUACCGUGAAGUAUUUGCGCAGUCAUGGCUACAUGUCAACCCCACCGCCUGUCAAGGAGUAUUUGCAGGGCAGAAUGGAGGAAACUAAGGAGCUCAUCACAGAGAAGAUGGAGGAGACAAAGGACAGACUCACUGAAAAGUUACAAGAAACCAAAGAAAAAGUUUCUUUUAAGAAAAAAGUGGAAUAAGGGUGCCUUAUUACAGAAAAUCCUACACUUUAACCCUCUGUAGACACUGGGCAAAGAAAGUGUUUCUGAUUUUUUUUUUCUUUUUUUUUUUUUUGGUUACUUGCCUAAAUGUAUUCAUUCUCUGAGGGUUAAAGAACAAAGAUAGUUUUUUUUUUUUAAUUAAACAAUAGGUGGGAGGGAAUCAAUGUUUUCCAAAAUGAAGAAAUGACCCUAGCAUACAAAUUUUUUAUGAGUUGCAGCAAUAAGCAAUAGUUAAUGUCCUUGAAAUCAGAGUUCUUUUUGCUUCAUUUCUCCGACAUCUGCAGUAAGUGUGUGCUGGUCAGUCCACUCCUAGAGGAAAAGUCAUUAAGUACCCAGUUCUGUGGGAUUGAACAUACACCAUUCAGACUCUGGAUGAGGAGACUAGAGAAGUUCCCUCCCACUUGCCAUGUAGACCUUAUUUCAAGGAGGUCAUGUAACAGUCUUGCAUUUAUAAAUAAGAUAUAUUGGCUAUGUACUGAAAUAGAUCUUUAAAAUGGGUUUUAACUGGAGCUUGUCAACUUCACAUUUUUUUAAAGCUGAUUCCUUUUCAAUCUUGACUGUGCUUGGUGGAUGGUCACAUGGACUGCCAGACAUCCUUGUAAUGUGUCUUCUCCAACUAAUCUUGGAGAAAGUAGAAGUUUUAUACUAUUAUUGCCGUCACAUGCAUCCGCAAGUAUCAAACUUUGAAAGACCACUGAUGAUUUUGGUAGGAGCAAAAGUCUGUGACAGAAUGUGGACAAGAUGGAUGCUCAUGGGUGGUGCUUGUAGAUAACCGAAGGGCAGUGCUCCAUGUGGUUCAUUGGUUUCUAAGAUCUCUCCUGCUGCUGCUUCAACUCCUUUGGGAUUUCAGUCUUUAUCCCUGAUCAAAACAAAAGAGGCCUGUCUGUCAUGAGUACCAUUAGUGUUGUGGCUUAGGUUUCUCAUAUUGGAAGGGGAAAAUUACUCCUUAAAUAUUCUGCUUGAUUUUUUUAUAGCAAAAAGCUCACUGCUUGUAAUCAUUCAAUGGCUGUAAGGCAAGUGCCAUGACUGUAGUGUCUUUCUGUUUGGACACUGGGGCAAGAAAUGCCUCUUUAGAGAGCAUUGGCUUUGACUUAGCAUCAGGAGAAUAUCUGAGGCCUUGUCACAUUGCUAUCCCAGUCACUCCCUGCUUCAUGCCAGAGUUUAUGUCAAAUGCUGAAUUUAGCCAAAUUUAGGAAAUGGGGGAAUAACUUCACACUCGAGGCACUCAGUCAUUAUAUUGAAACACCAUUUAAGUAAAAAUGCUGGGGGUGAAUUCUUUCUGGGUUGGAAGAAUUACAGAGGGGAAUUUGUCCUGUUCUUUUUUCUGUUGCCAGCAUGAUUAAUCUGAGGCAGAAUUCACUGAGUGCACUGGUACAAACUGACUUGCAAAUACAAUGUAAACCUGGCACCACAUCGAAGCAUGCUUAUUAAAUAGGAAGAUACUAAAUGCUCGUGUGUUCACAUUUCCUCCCUUUUAAGCCACCAAGAAUGCUAUGCUAACAUGUGGUGUUACGUAGAAUUAUUUCUCCUAAAACCUUUUAUCUGUUAUAGCACAUAAUUGGACAGCUCUUAAGACAUUGCUAAUAAUCAUAAGACGACAGCUUUCUUGUCCUGAGUUGAUAUCUUCUACCUAGUCCGUUGGAGACUUAUCACCGUCCAGUUUUAUGUCUGGGUCAUGUGUACUCAGUGCAGAUGAGGAAAUGCUUGUGUGUGCUUUUAUAUCCAAUGGAAACAUUUCUAAAGACCUCUGAAGUUACAUUGUUACAAUUUGGCAUCAGUUAUGUCAUAAAAAUGUUGUUGCCGGUGUAUUAUCUUUAAGGCAACCCUGUAAUGUGUUGAUAGCAGACAACAGUAACAUCAACUUAUCAAAAUGUAUAAUGUAUAUAGAUUUUUGUAUAUGCUGAACUAUAUUUAUUUAAAGUAGAUUUUGCAUUUCUCUGAGCUGCAAGGGAACCCAGACAGCUCCAUGCCUGGUGAGCACACCCAUCCUUUUGAAAGAUAUACUCAUGUCAUAAAUGGAGCUGUGACUGAGAUUUAAUGUUUUAAAUAUGAACAAAAAGCAUUUGCCUAGCAAAUUAGGUUCAAAUGAAGGCUUAGUCUGAUGAAGAAUAAAGCAAAAAACCAGCCUUUUAGAAUAUCACAUCAUUACUCAGAGCCUUUUGUGCAAAAUGGGGUGCAGUUCAAUCUCACCAAAGGGAGAAGAUGUAUUGGGAUUAGCUGCCUCCCCCAGUGAAAUAACAAAACUAAGCCUUCAGUACAUUCCCCUGAGUUUCCCAUCAUAAAUCUGCUCUCCCUCCAUCAUCUUCACAGAGGACGGAGCUACAUGCUCUAUGCUCUGGGGGAAGAAGCUGGUUAGUUCCUUCUUUCUGUGGUCUUCAACCACGAUUCUAGGAAUUUUAAACAUAUUUAUACUUUGGGCAGAAGAGGUGUUUGAAGAAAAGAAAGCUGUAUUUUAGACACGCUGCUUCUUUUACUAGUCUCUGCACCGUGUGCAGGUCUUCAGGAUUUCACAAUGGCUUCAGAUAGAAAACAAGCCAUUAUAGAUGGUAACAGCAGGGAGGGGCUAGAAUAACUUUACAAAUCAGGGGGAAGUGGGAGCUCACCUUUUCUAGUUCUUUUUGAAAUAAAGAAGAUUUUUUUGCAAUAUAUCCACACAUUUUUUUUAAUUAUUAAAGGGCUCCUAAAUAGAGGUUGUUAUAAAAUUAAAGGAAUAAUUUUCCUGGUAGCUGCAGCUCAUUUGCUUGUGUAUUUCAGAUUUUCAAAACUUGAGUCUGCAUAUGGUAAAUUUAAAUGGUUGGAAGUUCUCCCUGACCUACUUAAGGGCCCUUUCUGCACACCAUUUAGUUGUGGCAUCAAGAAGUCACUGUUUAGUUGACGUAAGCAAGGACUUGGUGUCAAGAGUCAUGCAGGCCUUGGCCUUGAGCCUGACUAGCACACUAGCAUGUGGGGAGGGAUGUGUGGGUCUCUGAGUUGAAAAUUUGCAAACAGGGUCCGGGGAAGCAGUGAGCAGGGUUCUUCAGAUAGUAACUGUGCUUGUCUCCAUUGGCCCAUGUGUAUGGUGUUGGCCAAUUUUGAACUGAGUAGGGUAUCCAUUAAAAAAGAGAAAGGGAAGGAAAAAAAGAAAAGUCAUACACCCAAAGGACAGCAAGUCUGGCCCCUGGGUCUUUCCUGAUGAUUGGAAUGGUCUCUGGACACUUCUUUCCCAGAAUUCCUCUUUCACCGUGAACUCUGGCAUGGCCUUUUAAAGAGACUGUUCUCUUAUACUCUGAGCUUCUCACAGGAGAAUGCUGAGUUAGGCUCUCUGGCUUGAUUUUCCCUAGGAGGUUUGUUGUUGUUGUUUUUUUUUCUUUCCCUUUGUGACAUCUGUGUCCUCUGUUCCUUCUAACCAGUCAAAACAAGUCGAUAUCUCCUGUGUCUCCAGGACUGAGCUUUGAAAAUUAAGCUGUAUUCUUCCCUUUACAUCACUGAUAGUCACUAACUGUAAUUAUAGAUCCUGAGUAUCCUGUGGCAUUUAUUUGGUUAUUUUGAUAAGAAUGAUCUUCUUAGUAGGAAGAAUACACCCUGACUGUAGAACCCUUGAGGGCAGAGUGGGACCACACUUAUUCUCUGGAUUUGCUUGAAUGGCCUUGAUAAGAAGAUUUCAGUCUCAGAGUGUGGCUUCAUAGGAAGUGAUCUAUGGGGAACCACAGCCUGGCUGUUUUCUCUGGGAAAUCAGUAUAAGAACAAAUGUCAGGACACCAGCGUGUGACUCUUCCCUCCUCUUGGCCACCUCCAUUGGUCCAGUCUUCUCUGUCUUGAAUUUUGCCCGAUUUAAAUAUUAGUAAACAGUCCCCUGAACUGAGGAGGACACGUGCAGAGAGUGUCCCAUGAAAGUCUGCUCAGCAGGGCUCAGAAGCUCAACUCCCAUCCAUCUGAGAGGGGCCUGAGGCGUCCUGCUGCAGUUUCUAAGGCAACAGCACUGAAACCUAACUUUUUUAUUUUAACAUACAUAUGGUAAAAGGCACUUUUUGUCAUCUUUUGACAAUUCCAUAAAGAUGCCACACAAACUAACAGCAUCUCUGUAUCAUCCUUUUCCAGCUAAAUAUUUACUCUUAAUCCUGGAUUUGAUUUUAGGAAGGGUAACGGCAUGUUUGUGUAAACAUAGGUUAGCUCUUGCCUUGUUUGCUCCUCUGAGUACUAGAUUGAAGAUUCUGUGACAAGUGUGUUUUUACUCAUUUGACUUCAUAUUUCCUUAGGACUCUUACUAUGGUGGCCAACUUGUCUCACGGUUGCUUUAUUUCUCUCACACAAAGGGGGGCUGGGUGUCCUUACCUGCUCGGUAUCUGGUGAUGGCAGCGUAGAGUCAUAGGGCUCUGUUACCCAGGAUCUCAGUCAACAUGUACACUGUUUCCUUGGAGAAGCAGAGGCAGGUUAUUGCAGACACACAGCUUGUACUCUUUACCUCUUUUGACCAGUAACAAGCAAAGUAAAAAAAUUAUUGUCAAACAACUAUGUCUACAAAACCUGAUGCAGUGUUUGUUGAACGAGUGAGCACCUUCGUUGGUUGCACUUUAGGGAGGGGGCAUUUUAGAUUGUCACCUUUUACUUCUGUUCAUACAGAUAACUCCAAAUCCAGGCUAAGGGAGCUAUAGAAUUUGACUCUUGAGGAGGUCAUGUUAGGACACUGAAGCCAAGACCUGGGUCUGAAGUUCAGCCAGUCGCUAUUCAUGUGGUCCCUCCCCCCUUGUGGCGGGUACUUAGGUAUGCCACUGAAGGGACAACUGAAGUCAGUAAUACAGGGCCUGGCUUCUGCUGAUGCCCUUCACCCUUUGGAGUUGAACUUCGCACCUUACUUUCUUUAGACUGACUCUGUUUAUCUUAUUUUUAGAGCGGCCUGAAAGGGAAACAAUUAAACUAUCCUGUGACCUUACUUUAGCUUCAUUUUCCCUUCAGUGUGGGGUUGUGAUGAGGUGGGAGUGAAAGACUAAAGGGCCAGUCUUACUCUGUCCACUGUGGCCAUCUAGUAAAGCUGGCCUUAGCAAAGCAUUCGAGCUGCAGCUUUCACACAACUCACCCAUACGUGAGACUCUAGUUUCUCUUCCAAUCAUAAAAUACCUUUUUGCCUUUUCCUAAAUCCACAUUUGAUAGCAGUGAAAGAGAAAACCUCAAUCAAAUCUAGAUUUUAUACAUAUAAGUAACGUGAAAUAUUAAACAUUAAAUAUCAUGGAACAUUUGGCCUCAUGAAAUUUUCAGUGUCUACUUGAUUCAAAAUGUGUCCACCUUUUUCUUCCUGCCCGUGUGUAACACCAGACAGUGGCCAUGGUGUCUGAAGCUCUGUCAUAGCAUGCCUGAAGCCAGCUGAGACUUAUUUUCCAUUUAAUUGCUGCCAAUUGCCAGAACAUCAGAAGGCACUGGAAACUGGUAUUUAUGGAAGAUUUUGGUAUAGUGAAGAUCAAGAUAUCCUCAGGAAAUACUAGGUUUCACCAAAAGAAAGUGUUUCCCCUCUGUGAGUCCCAUGAAAACGAAGUUUAAAGCCUAUGAUACAUUAAGAGGGCAGAUUUCCCAUGAAGUAUUCCCAGUACCAUAAAACGAAAACAACUGUGCAGCAAAGCCUGUGUGUUCUUCUCCGCCUUGGCAGAUGUGUGCCUUGUGUACAGGGGACAGCAUCCGCCAGACCUGCACCCAGAAGACAGUGUGGCUAAUGUGCCCGUUCCUUCAGGUUGGAAAACAGGAACAAUGGGAUCUCAUUGGCUAGCAGUUGUCACUUCACGUGGACACUGAGGAUGCGGUGGGCUGCUGCCUCCGCCUUAAGUGGCCCCUGGCUCUGCUUGACUGAAACAACCAUACAUGCUCUGUAAGUGAGAGUUUGGAACUACCUCCAGCCCAGGACAUUAAUUAUCUGAGGUGAGCUCUUGAACCACCUAAUGCCUGCUGAGCCCAAGGUCUGAGCUGCUCUUUGCUGAAUAUAGGAAGCGUUUACAAAACCAGGCCACCUCAGAACCCCAUGCCAAAGAUGCUGUGGCAAAUAGCAUGUCCCAACUUACCUCAGGGUAGCAUGAGAUUCUCAGCACAUGAGGACCAAGGUGGGCUGGCGGUCCCGGAAGAAUGGGGUGGCAUGGUUGUGCUUGGGUUUCACAGCCACACUUGCCGUUUGUUCAAGUGAUUGUUUUAUACUCACCAGUGGUUGACAACUGAAGAAAUGCUAAGUGAGAACACUAUCUGAAAGGUUAAAUUACAGGAGCCACUGAACAGAACUGCUGUGGUAUUGAAAGAUCUUAAGGGAAUUCUCAAGGCCUUUGGGGUGUGUAGUGUAGUUAUCACUGGCGCAGUCACAUUAACAGAACCGGCUUUUAUUCUUACUUUUUUUGGAAGUAAAACAGCAAAUGAAAUUUGCGUUCUUGAGGCAAAAGUUAAAGUCUUGACAAAAAUACAGCAUUUGAAACUGAAUUUCCAAAUACAAGGGCUUUACAGUAGGGGCUGACGUUUCAAAGUGUGUGUUUUAAUGAGAAUCUAUGUAAGCCAAACAGAUGAAGACAUUAUAAUGAGGAAAAUGUAAUGUGUUUUAAAUAAUGUAAUUUAGGUAAUAGGUUCUUAUAAACUGUUAAUGCACGUAUUACCACCAAGAGAAUUUCUUUUCAAAGGCCAGUGUGAGCUGCUGUCUGACCGGUCUUUGUUUUCUGCAUCAGGUCUUACCAGAGGUCCUCAGAGCUUGCGAGGUCCUCAGCCAGGGGACCUAGGCAGAAGAUAGUCUCACAAGGCAUACUCCAUUGUGAACUGCAGUCCCAGCCUCCUGCUCUGGGGCUUAGCCUUCCUGUUGUGUCAAAACCUGUUACUCAGCAGUGCCUCCUGGUAUCCUCCUGCUUUUCCUGAAGCAACUGAGAACCUGGGUUAGAUGUUUUUUUUUCUUUGAAAGGAACUCAAAUCUGCCAGUACUGAAGUGAUCUGUACCAGUGGUAAACUGGGCAGAAGGGGGAGCCUGACACCUGUCCCCCCUUGCUCACACCGGUGUUAGCUUUGGGAGAUCUGGAGAGUGUCUCCAAUGAGCUGCUGAAUUGAGAAAUUCCCUGAGAGCAUAGUGUGGUUUUACUGGAGACUAAGGAUGAGAGGCCCUAUAUUUGCUUAAGUUUUGUAAGCCCUUCACCAAAAUAACCUCACUCUGAAUCUAAGAGGAUGUUAGGACUAGUAUUUGGGCCCAACCACUAUUCCAGUAAGGUCGUGGAAUUUUGUUUGUUCAUUAAAAAUUUACAGAAAUGGAAAAAGCAUUCUAUUCUUAUGCUAAAUUCCCCUUUUCUCAUUAAGUGGCAGGUUGUGUGGGGUUAGCGCAUCCUGGUGUCACUCGGAGCGCACAUCAAUACUGUCCUCUCAGUGUAGGUCACUGCACAUCUGAAAGCCUCCACCAUCAGGGAAUAGUAAGCGUUUUUUGACAGGCCUACUUAGCUUGCUGUGUGACAGCCACCUGAAGCCCCUGUGGGGUCGAUGUUCUCAGGAACCAGUUCUGAAUGCCUUGUGUUAGAACUCAGGAUUGAGAACCUGUGAUUCUACCCAGGUUUCUAACACACAAAGUCCUUUUAAAAAGUCAGCGACAGACCUGUAAGAAAGGGACUGAAGGUGUUCACUGCCAAGAAUGCUCUUGGAAGUCAGGUGGUAGACAGACCUAACCCGAGCAGGCUGUCCUCACCACACAUGAGCUCUGACACACGCACACAUAUGUGUGCAGACACUCAUGGAAAUAGUUUAAAGCCAGUAAUUAGGGACUGUUGAGCAGCAGGCUUGGGGUUGGUGUGUAGCCCAAGAAGAGCUCUCCCUUGGAUGCCAUCUCCACUACCACAGACAACAGGCAUUUUCUGAGACUGAUCAUACACACAUCAGUUUUUAUGUGUUGUAUCUGAAAAGUGAACAAACAACCCCAGGGAACAGAUAAUUUGUCACUGAUUAUUUUUUAAUGAUUUUGUGCUAUGAUUUGACCAUGGCAUUAAGAACAAGCAGAAAACCUGAUUUCAUAACUAACAAACAGCACUUGUGCAACAUCUUUCAUCAAAAGUAUUGCAAUUACAGACCUGAGGUCUGAAGCACAUCGCCGCCUGAGCAAAAGACGCAGGUGGGUGACAGUUGUGAAUCACUUCCCACAUAUUAGCAGGAGUUAUGUUAAAGAGUAAGCAUAUGGUUGUUUAAACACAAAAGGACUCCGACUUCUGAUCAUCAUAGCUCACAGAGAUCGGAAGGUUCAAAUACAAUUGUAUUUUUUUAGUAGAUUGCUUUAUAAUAAAAAUUAAAUGAACUAAA